GAGAGAGUUGCAGCAAUGGGAAGGAGCCCAUGCUGCUCAAAAGAGGAAGGGUUGAACAGAGGGGCUUGGACUGCUCAUGAAGACAAGAUCCUCACAGACUACAUCAAGCUUCAUGGAGAGGGGAAGUGGAGGAGCAUUCCCAAAAAAGCAGGUCUGAAGAGAUGUGGGAAAAGUUGCAGGCUGAGGUGGUUGAAUUACCUGAGGCCUGACAUCAAGAGAGGCAACAUCACCAGCGAUGAAGAAGACCUCAUCAUCAGGCUUCACAAACUCUUGGGCAACAGAUGGUCUCUCAUUGCGGGAAGACUUCCAGGGCGAACAGACAAUGAAAUCAAAAACUACUGGAACUCCAACUUAGCCAAGAGGGAACAAGGAGGGAAGAAGCCAAACCCCACCACGACUGAGAAGACCAACCUCAUGGCCACCUCCGCUGUAAUGCUGGACGAGACUUGGAACCUGGUGCUGGUCGGAGACUCCACGCUCCACCAUGCGGAACCUCCGCCGGCGACCGGUGGGGCAGCGAAGAGCGGGCAAUCAUCGGAAUACGAACCGAGCUACGUCUCGUCCCCGGCUUCCACGGCUAGGGAAGAGCCCAACUUGGAGCAGCUCAUGGUGGACUGCACCGUCGGCGAGUUGGACCUCGUGGAGAUUCUUUAUGGUUCGGAUUUCGGGCUCAACGAGUUUGAGAAUACUUCUCAAGUGAUGAGCACAGUCAAGAACGAGGGAACGAGCCAGGACAACAACGUUGGACGUACUUCUCCUGGACAGGCACAUAACUGGUGGAGCGAAGGAUUGGUGAUGGAUAAUUGGUUCUCCGACUUCGCCGAGACGAGCUUGGGUUUGGGGCCUUUCGCUUCGAUCCUACACGGUGCCGAAGAUUGGAUCCUAUAGAUUGAACGCUGCUUUUUGUGAGAAUAAUUUGAAGCUUCCGUAAAAGGGGUUUUUCUCACAGUGCGCAUCGAUUCAAAGUAUAUGUAAACAUUAAUCAUUGAAAUAAUCUUGAGCUGUUGUCGAGUGUGGAGUGAUCACAUAGAUCAUGUGGAUAGUAAUGUUCUUGAUCCUGUCCAAACCUAAGAUUCUCUAAUAUUCAGCAUGAUAUGUAAACUAU